UAGGCUCGACUGUAGCUCGAGGAGACGCGCUCGUACUUUACCGCACAGCGCGAGAGGUAGCUGCCAACAUGACGUCAUUUGAACGGUGGAGAUCGUACGUGUUGUGCGGUUCGCAAGCAAAACACAUCGUGCAUGAUUUUUGUUAGAUGGGCAGUGCAUGAGAAAAGACAUGAAGACCUGAUGUCGGCCCUUGUGCAAGAUGGUUAGAGAGACUAGACAUCUUUGGAUUGGAAAUUUACCGGAUAAUAUUCGUGAAGAGAGGAUAUUGGAGCAUUUUAAACGAUAUGGGAAGGUGCAGAGUGUGAAGAUUUUGUCUAAAAAGGAUGAAGACACGCCAACGGUGGCCGCAACUGUAGCAUUUAUAGACAUUCGCUCUGCUGCCAAAGCGCACAAUGCAGAUAAUAAAAUUGACGAAAGGACGUUAAAAACUGAUUAUUAUGAACCCCCAGUGUCUAGUGCGGCCAGUUCUGCUACUUGUAUUUACAUUCACGAGAAAGAUGACGCUUUAGGUAGACCUGGUGCGCCUCCAUAUACUACACCAAGAGCACCAAGAUAUGCACACUGUGUACCGGAAGAAAGACCGUAUGAGCGACCGCCUCAUUACUACGACCGUCUCGGUGAGAGAGAGCCUUAUAUGAGGCGGCCGGUUGGAAUUGGUUACCAUGACGAUGAAAGUUACCAGGCCAGAGGCCGUUCACGAGAUAGGUUUACACGUACAGCAUCAGGAAGUAUAUAUCAAGAUGGAACAGACAGGAACCAAGGACACUUUCCUCGUAGUCAUACACAGCGUCAACAUUUUGAUCAACGUUACCCACCCUCACUUGAUCAAUAUGGUGAUGAGCGAGAAGCAGCAUCAGCUGGACCAGGGAGGUUAUCUUGGAGGUCGACAAUAACGUCUUCGUCCAUCAGCUCAACUGUUGACUCUCCACCCCAUUCUCGGAGUGGCAGCCGGCAACGGCGAAAGGGAACGUCAAGGCGGUCCUCUCACUCCCGCUCGGGUUCCCGGUCAAAUUCUAGGUCUCAGUCUCGAUCACGGUCAAGUUCUCAUAGCAGUAGUGAUAGUCGAUCAUCUAGUUCAUCAUCAAAACAUCGAAGCAGCUCCACUGACAGCAGUAGUAGGUCGCCAUCACCGUCCAAGUCUCAGUCACCAGCGACCUCCUAUGGGAGCCAAGGAAGUGGGAAAACAGGACGUUCAGAUUGGCCAACCAAUGUAGUCACCACAGUGUCAUCAUUGUUUUUACCACCUUCUGUUACAACUUUAAAUGCUAACAGCUUAUCUGUGGGAAAUCAGUGCUCAAAUCAAUCACAAAAUUGUUCAUCCAGUCCCAUAAACAACCACAGUGACAAAGAGGAAAGGAGACCACUGGGCAUUUGUGUUCAAAAUCUUCCAGCACGGUCCACAGACACAAGUCUGAAAGAUGGAUUAUUCCAUGAAUACAAGAAGCAUGGAAAAGUCACCAUGGUAAAAGUGAUUGGUCAGGGUACAGACAGAUAUGCAGUAGUUUGUUUUAAAAAGGCAGAUGAUGUUGAAAAAGCUUUAGAAGUUUCUAAAGACAAGUUGUUUUUUGGCUGCAAGAUUGAAGUCAAAGCACAUGAAGGGCUAGAUGGUGAAGAUAAUGAGUUUAGGCCUUUUGAGGCUGACCUUGAUGAAUUUCAUCCUAAGGCAACAAGGACAUUAUUCAUUGGCAACCUAGAAAAAGACAUUACUCAUCUGGACCUCAGGAAACAUUUUGAACAGUUUGGAGAAAUUAUCGAGAUAGACAUCAAGAAACAAGGAGCUACCAGUACAUCCUUGUAUGCUUUCAUUCAGUUCACAAAUAUUGCUAGUGUGGUGAAAGCCAUGAGGAAACUGGAUGGUGAAACUCUUUUUGGGGCCAAUAGGAUAAAAUUGGGAUUUGGUAAAAGUAUGCCCACAUGCUGUGUAUGGAUAGAUGGAGUUGUGGAUUCUGUGUCAGAAAAGUUUCUCAAACGCCAUUUUGGACGUUAUGGACCAGUAAGAAAUACUGUGAUAGAUAGAGAAAAGGGCCAAGCCCUAGUGUUUUAUGACUCAAUAGAUUUAGCACAAAAUGCAGUUGCAGAAAUGAGAGGAAGAAUGCUCGGAAGUAAAAGGUUGCAGGUUGAUUUUGCUAGUCGUGAGUGCCAAACUGCAUUCUGUGAAAAACUAGGACUACCAGGACUGGAGCUUUUACCAACAGAUCGCUUAUGGGAACGAAGAGACAGGCGGGAAUUCGACCCACUUACAGAUAUACGGGAUGGAAGGUCAGGAUUUGAUAGCAGACCUUAUGGUCGCUUUGAGGGUCAACAACGUCCUGGAAGAGGAAAUUUUCGUGGUAUGCCACAUGGAGGAUUCAGCAGUCGUGGCAGAGGCCAUCCAUUCAAUAUGAGAUAUGAGAAUUAUUCUGAAGACAUUUUAGAUAGGAGGCAUCGGAACUUUGAUGAGGAAUAUAGUCAAGGUAGUGGGGCCAGUAUAGAAGAUUCUUAUGAAAAAGAACUGAGAGAGUAUGGGUACAGUCAACGAGAAAGGAAGGAGUAUGGAAGUGAUGAGCAAAGUAUUCAAGGUCAAAGCUUCAGCCCUUUACAUAGGCGAGACACAAACAGUAUUAGCCCAUCUAGGGAGAAACACAGAGAUAAUCGAAGUAUCAGCCCCUUGGCCAGGAGUGAAAGGUCAUCAACCAGAGGGAGUUCAAGAACAGGAGAUGAUCACCAUUCCAGACAUGGUGGAAAGGAAGAAGGUUCUGAAGAUGGAGAAAAGAAAGAAGGUAACAAAUUCUCAGAGUCUACUGUUAAACAGGAGAAGAAAAAAUGUAAGCAGCGAAACAGUGCUAGUGAUCUGGAGAGCCACCAGAGCCAAUCACCUCCACAUUCCAGACAACAUAGUAGGAGCAGAAGUCCUCCUUCUAAAGACAAAAAAUCUUCAAAAACAAAGGACAGGUUAAAUAACCGAUUAAAAAGCCCUAACAGUGCAACAUGGAACAGUCCCAGUGGAGACAGUGUCUCCAAUCAGGAAGGGGUAGGUUUCGUUAGCAAAGAGACUUCUGUUGAACAGAGGCAUUUGCAAAAACAUAAAUUACAGGAAGAUAAAGCUGACCUCAAAGAUUCUGUUACAACUUCCUUGCCAUCUGUGACCACUGCAGAAGUUACUGCUGACUCUGUAAACAAACUGAAAAUCAAAACUGAAACAGAACAUGUUAGAAAAAGGGUGCAUAGUAAUGAUUUUAUAGAAGGACAUUCUAAAAGUGAUCUUUUAGGCCAGGCAGAAAGAAAACGUAGACUCCUCAGUGCAGGCAGUCUACCUUCAAGCAGGGUCACUGUUGUUACUCAAGUCCAAUCAAGAGAAGACUCUAAAAGUAAGACAGUAAAUUCGAUUGCUACUGAUUCUUUUUCUGCAAAGUCUAAAAAAAUAGAAACCACCAUAACAUCUAAUAAUAGAACCACUCCGAGUGAACAUUCAAGCUCUGUUAGUGAACAUUUAACUAUUAGUCAUGUUGAAAAACAGAGUAGUUCUGAUAGUGCCAAUUUGAAACAUGUGAAUAUACUACAACUUCUGGAACAACUUCAAGAUAAGGGAAGUUCUAGUGAUACUGAAUGUUCUGUGGAAAAUAGAAAGCUGUCCAAAGAAGGCAAGUUAAAAACUAACUCAGAAGUAAACAUCUCAGAUGUUGUAGAAUGCAGUAAAAUUUCCACAAAGGACUCUUCUUGUAAUACUUUAGGACAGAAAAUAGUAUGCAAUGAUGAUAAAACUAUUUUGAGUAAAGUACCAGGUGGAUUAAGUUACAUAAGAACCAGUGAAAAAAAUGGAUUACCUGAGACCACUGACACCCAAGUUUCAAGAAAACCUGUGGAUCCCCGCAGAUGUUCUGAGCACCAUAGUGUUUCAUCUACCUCCUCACUGAGUGCUCCUCAGCAUAUGAGAAAACAAUCAGUGUAUCAGGCAGAACCUUCUUUAGAUCAUAGCUCCAAGAAGUUUUCAGGACUACUUCCUACAAGUUUUACUUAUGUUGAAGGAGAGAUUGAUUCUAGUAAAGACCCCUCUUCCACUUCUUUUUUCAAGUUUCAGUCAAGACUGAAAGAAGAUGAAGUUUCUUCAUCCAGUGAUAAUGCUACACUUCCCAAAAUGCUUCGACACUCAUUAUCAGCAUUGCCUGACUUGACCAGAACUUUUUCACCUAGAUUACACUCAGUUUCUGAUGAAGUGACUUCAGCAGAACAUGAGAAUAAGAAGGGAAUUAUCCCCUUAUGUCUACCACUGCCAAAGUUUGCUGCUUCUCUUCGGUCCCCCAAAACAUCACCAAAUCCUCUUACUUCUCCUAAAACUAUUGUGUCUAGCCCCAAAAGUGGACAUUCUCCAUCUCUUGCUUUGACAAGUAAAAUGUUACCACCACAUAUCCUUCGUGAACCACCUAAGUCAGUUCAGCUUGGUAGUCCUGAGCCUAUAAAGGAAAUUGAGGAGAGACUAAAACCUGACAAUGUGAAUAGUUCUCUUGCUGUUCUUCAGCAAGUUGUAAAUAAUGCUGAAAAUCUUGUGAAGAUAACCAUGCCAACUGAUAUUCAUCUUAAGAUAGAAAAGAACACAGAGGUUGCCUCAGAUUCAGAAUGUUCUCCAAUAUCUUCCCCAGGUUGUAUUGAAGAAAGAAUUAAAGCUCUUGAUGAGAAGUUUACCGCAUGGUCAGGGUCAAACACCAGUAGAAAUCUAACUGCCACCACUGUAGCAUCAACAGAAGCUCCCUUGCAACCAACCAUAGACUAUCAAAAAUAUAAUAUUAAAAAGAGGCCUAAGUUUGAUUACAUGGCUCCAAAGCCAUCUGAAAUAAUGAAGACUCUCCUUGCAAAAUCUACAAUUUUUGAUCAAGACUUGAAACGACUAGAGCAUAUAAAUGAAAAAUAUGAACCUAAAGAAAUAAACCUUGAUCUUUCUCCAAAAGUAAAACCUUUCUUUCGAACCAAGGCUGCAGCAAAAGAGUUCUCAAGCCCAAUACAGCCACUUACCAAUGUUACUAAUGCUAUAGGGCAAGGCUCUCUAGCCAUGAAUAAAUUACCAGUAUCCAGUUGUAUUGGCACCACUACAACAUUAUCUCCACCUUUAACCCCACCUACAAUGGGAAGCACUACCACAAUUACGACCACCAAUGUCACUCAGAAUUUUGUAGUUAACCAUGUCACUCAUUCAAUAUCACAUCAGACCAUUCCUUUUUCACCAUUAACACCUGUCUCAGCAAAGAUAUCCCUGCCAUCACCUAUUUGUUUUUCAACUGACAGUAACUUGCCACAAACUAAACUCGCUACACAAUACCUAAAUGUUACAAACUUUCAAAAUAGAACUUCAAAUCCCCAAAGUCCACCAUUUAUUAAAAAAGAAUCAUCCAUCAGUCAGUCUACUGCACCCUGUGUGUCAACCAUAAAAAAAAGUAUGCCAUUCAUUAGUACUUCACUAACACCCUCGAUCUCAGUCACAUCUGAAUCCACACAGAAAGACCUUUUCCUGCCUCACUGUAUUAAAAAGGAAUCUCUAGAACCAAAGGAUAUUUCACUUAAAACAAAAGAGAAUUUUAUAAAAGACAUUCCAUCUAAGGAAGAAAACUUGCAAGGAUAUAAAAAUAGAGAACAUGGAUUACAGAAGGAAAGUAUCAAGAAGGAACCAUUUUCAUUUAUUGAAACACAUAUGUUGAAAAAGGAAUCUAUUAUUUCACCCCAAAAUGAUUACCUCAUUGACCAGAAUGAUUCGUCUGGUACCAUAGAAGAUGUAAAAAAAGAGCCAUUGCACAACAGGUUUGAUAUGGAAAUAAGUCCAGUAAGUCAAACUGGUAGUAACAUUAAGACAGCCUUUUUCCCCAGCAACUGGGAAACAGACUCAACUAGGCAUUUACAAGUGACUUCAGAGUGCAAAAUUGAAAACAAAGAGACACAAAGUCAUCAGUCUGAGACAAAAGACCAGGUUAAUGAGCCUGAACCAAAGAGAGUUAAAACUCAUCAUACAUCUAGUUGUAAAGACAUUGAUAAAGGUGAUAAUAAAUCUUCUUCACCACUUCAAAAUGAGUCACGGAAAACAGAGAAAAAAGACAAAUCAUCCAAGUCAUCAGACAAAUUUAAAUCUUCAGUUGCUAAACCAGAAAAUUUUGUUUCUUUGGAGAAAGAGGAAACAAAAGGUAAAUCAGAUAUGGGGAAAAUGAAAGAUGAUAGAAAAAAUAAGUUGAAAGAUAACAGAGAGAUUUCAAAGCAUGAAGGCAGAGUUAGAACAAAAUCUGGUGACAAGGGAUCUGAAAAGAACCAUGGCAAGAAUUCACAGUUGACUAGUAAUAAAGUGAGAAAAGAGCAUGUAGAAAGACAAAAAACCAAGUCUGAAAGAAAAUCAUUUGAUCGUGGUGAAAAGAACCAGUCAGGAAAAACUAAGUCAGAAGAUGCACCUGUUUAUUUCUCCAUGUAUGACAAAGUUAAAGCUCGUUCAAGUCAUAACCAAAGUUUGAAAGACCAGGCAUCUUUAGAGUCAGUGAGGAAAAAGUUUAAUCAGCUGAAAAAGAGUCGUGCCAAAAAGGGUGAUAAAUCUAGAUCUGCUGAUAUGGAUAGUGAUAAGGAUUCCGAUGAAUUUAGUAAUUUUUCAUCAGAUCUAGAGAGCAAACCCAAACCCAGUAGCAAACUGAAGCAAGGUAAAAAAAGAAAACUGGUCAUUGAGAGCUCUUCAGAUGAAGAAUUAUCACAGAGUGCAUUUCACUUUGAAACGAGCAGAGACACAAAGAUUGCUGAAAAUAGCAGUGACCUUCUAUCAGAUUCUGAUAAAGAUAUCCAAGAUGUUACCUCUUCAAAUGUUAUGCCAACAUCUGUAAAAUCAAAAAAGAAGAAGAAAAAGAAAAUUCUUUCUGAUGUUGAAGCUUCAAAUUCUCAAAUUGACAUGUCACCACCCCAUAUGAAAAAUAAAAGUAGUAAACCUAAGACUAAACAAGCAAAUUCAAAGAGUACGAAAUCUAAAGCCAUGAAAUCUGAAUGUGAAUCCACAGAUGAUGAGAAGACAACUAAACCAAAGUCAAAAAAGAAAGAUUUUAGAAAGAAAAGGAGCAAAAAGGACAAAAUAACUGAAAUUAAGUCAGAUUCUGAUCUUUCAGAUAGUGAUUUUUCACAUUUUAUGGUAAAAAGAAAAGAAGAAAAUAGAAAUAUACAUAUGGAAUUAAAGUCAGACUCAGAAAGCUCAGACAAAGAAGUAUUCUUUCAUCACAAUAAAGAUAAAAAUAAAACGAAAGACAAGAUAAAAAUCCCAGAAUUAAAUUUUGAUUCAGAUUUUUCUGUCAAUAAUAUAUCCCAUUUAUCACAAACACAAGCAAAAGAAAAGGCUAAAAAACAGUACCAUGAACUGAAAUAUGAUUCAGGUCUUUCAGAAAGUUCAACUGGGUUAUUUUCUAAAGGACAAAAAGACAAAAUGAAAGAACAGUUUAAAAAUGAAAAUGCUGGUGAUUGUGAACCUCCACCCUUGAUGGCUGUUGAACUAAACUUGGAUUCAAAAGAGACCACGAAGGGAGAAAAUAAUGUUAAAAAAGAUAGUAAAAUUAUAGAUGAUGAUCAAGACAAGAAACAGAAGCCAUCACCAAAGAAGAAGAAAAAGUCUCGUAAAUCCACCAAAGGUAAAGAGAAGAAAUCCAACACAACAAAAGGAACUUGUGAAAAAACUAAAAAGACAGAUAAUAAAGCAAGAGAAAAUACAGAUAACUCAUCCAAAACUGAUAACACUGUUAAACUAAAAUAUGAAAAUUCACUAAGUGAACCUGCAGAAUCCCCUCCUCGUUUAAUACCAAGCAUUUUUUCAGAUAUUGAACUGAGAUCAGAUUUUUCAGAUUAUGACUUUGAAAAUCAGCUGUCCAGAAACUUGAGUGAGCAAAAGAGCUGGAACUCAAAUGAUGUGAAAAACGACUUAGAAAAAGGAAUCAAAAAUAACUUUCUGGGUAAAAACUUUGGUUCUUCUGCAAAAAUGAAUGUAGAGGGCAAAUCUUUUGAGGAGGAAGACAAAGGUCCCCCUCCUUUACUUGAGAAUGUGGACUUUGAUCAUAGAGAACUUGAUGAUAGUAAUAAAGUUAGUAAUACUGUUGAGGGCAACUCAAACAACACAGAUCAGACAAAUGACAAACUAGUUGAGGAAGAAACAAAAGCUAAGCUAGAAAUUCAUAAAGAAGUAAAUACAAGUGAGGAUGGCUCAAAAAAGAAAAAGAAUUUGAAAGCAAAACCCAGCAUAUAUGAUAAAAAUGUUUCAUCAAAGGAUGAAAAGCGCAAAAAAAAGAACAAAAAGCAGACAAAAGAAAAGAAAAAGAAACAAAAAAAUAUUGCUUCUAAAUUGCAAGAACUCUCACUAACACAGUUAACAGCUUUCCCUAAGUCAUCAUCUACAGAACAUUUUCAUCCAUUUGAUGAAGAUAGUAGGUUAUCAAAAGACGAAAAGUUAGAUGAAGAAAUUGUAGAAGAAGCCAGAAGAUUGGAAGAAGAAUUGCUUGCAGAUUCUGAGGAAACCUGUUGUUUUGAGAGUGAUGAACUUCCUAAACUGGAAGACAAACAUCAAGAACGAAAAUUUGAAGAAGAGGCUGCCAAAGAGACCCAGAGGUUGGAACAAGAACUAUUUUCUACUGACUCGUGGCACAUGAAAGUAAGCAAACCUUUUCAAGAUGAAUGUCUCCAACCUGAUGGUUUAGAUGACAAUGGUCUUAAUGAUUCAAAAGUAUCUGAUGAUGAAACUGUAAAAGAUGAAGAUAUUUAUGCAGAUUUAGACAUUAAUCCCUCUUCUGUCAGGUAUCCCGAACCUACAAGUUUUCUUUUACAAUCUGAAGAGCAAGCUGAUUUUAAGCUUGAAGAAAAGUCAGGUGUUGCAGAAGAAAUGGAUAAACAGCAAAAAAUGGAAGAUGAUUUAGCAGUCUCAGCUCUUUUACAAGCUAUGAAUGGGGAUGACCUUCCAGCUCCUGACCUUCAGAAAGAAACAGAUUAUUUAGACUCACUUCUUCAACCUCACCCAGAAGAACACACUUUUAACUAUCUUUUCCAAGACUCCAGUUCAAGUGGACUUGUACAAAAUUCAGGAUCAGUUUCAGAAUCCCAGGAAGAAAUCCCAGAGGCAAAAGAUGAUAAUAAUUCUCACCUUUUUGAAGAACAAAUGCCUACAUAUUCACAAAACUUGAAUGCCUCAUAUCCUCCUCCAGUUGUGAACACUAGUGCUAAAACCUAUCUGGAAAAGUCUCCAAAGAUAACGAUAGAGGAGGAGGAGGAGGAAAGAACAGGUCUUAAAAUUCAAUCAGUUAGCAUGAGUCCUAAAAAAAGUGAAUUAGAUGCAGAAAAUAGUACAGUUGAAACAAAAGAAAAAAAUGAGCUUCUGUUGCUUGAGAGUUCUCUUUCAGAAAAUAACCACUCAGAUCAUGUAAAUAUACAAGUCCCUCAACAAUCUCCUGAAUCAUUAUUUGAAACAGUGGAGAGCUCUUUUCCAAAAUCCAACUCAACUGAAAAAGAUUCAAAACUCAGUCCUCAGCCAUGUGUUACUGAAGAUCAUGAUACAAAUUUGGACACACAAAAAGCUGAUAGAUCAGAAGUCAAUAAAGCUAUAGAAACCUCUAGUCAAGAACCUAUGCAUCCAAAACCAUGGCAGCUCUUAAAAAUACCCAGUGUUGACCAAUGUGAAUCAGAACUGUCAACAAAAGGAGAAAAUCUCACAAAAGUGGAGCAUAAGAAAUCACGCCGUAGAAAGAAAAAGGAAAAAUUCCAGUGCAAACAAGUAUACACAGAUAGUAUUGAAGAAAUUAAAAGUCCUCAGCUCUCUGAUAAUCUUAUGAAACAAGAGAACAGCAUUUUUCAUUUAGAUGUGACUAAAUUAGAAAAUACUUCCCCAUCAAAUAAUGACGUUGAAACUGUUCAGUUAUGUAGUAGUGAAAAAAACUAUUUGACACAACAAGAGAAUGUGACAUCUCAGUUUGAUGUCACUAAGUCAGAAGAAACUUCCACUGAAGCUGUGCAUUUAAACAAUAAUGAGAAAAAUAAUAUGCUAGAAAACCAAGAAGGGUUUGUUGAUGUUACAAACAAAGAGACAACUGCUUCAAAUGAAAAUGAAUCACAAGAAACGAACCUUGCCAAAACCCAGCCUGAAGCUCUACUUGAUGAAAAGAAAGGUCAUAACAGUACUGAAGAAACUUCUUUUGUGAGUAUUACCAAUGAAGAUGAUGCUAAUCAGAUAGAAAGUUUAAGCUUUGAGAAGGAGAACAUUGAUUCUGUCAAAGUGACAAAGCCUGAAGUUUCUUUGCCUGAAGACAGUAAUGCAGAAAAAGAUUACUUACCAUCUAGUUCAAGUAUCAAUAUAGAUGCCGAAAAAGGAGGAGGAGGAUGCCAGUUAGAUACUAAAGACAAUGAGCAUAAGGAUCAAGAUGUUGAAGAAAAAGCUAAUAGAACAUUAAUCGAUAAAAAAUGUGAAGACAUGACGGAAGAAAAUACUAAACUUGAUCAAGAACAUUUUCUACCAAAUAUGGCAUAUUUAAAACCCAAAAAACGACUUGAAAGAUCAAGAAGAGGCAGGAGACCCAAGACAAGAAAAUAUGCAGAAUCUUCCUUAUUUGUACCAAGGUAUGAAGCCAAAGAUUUUGAGCAUAUUCUCCCAGCUAUCACAACUAGAUCAGGUGGACGUCGUAGAAGAUUUUCAUCUACUGAUAAAAAUCGAAGAACUCUUCGUUCAGACACCUUUGAAUCAUUGAUGUCUGCUGAAGACCUAGCACAGUCUUUUGCUGACACUGAAGAUUCAGUUGAUGAUCAAAUACCCAAAUCAGCUGUAAAUAAUGUUGCAAAAGUUUCAGCUAACAGGAAUGAUGACCUGGUAUUGAAUGCUGAUAUUAAAAAUAAAAGUGAAGAAUGUAUUUUCAGCACAAAAACCGCCCUCUCUCAAGAAUUCAACAAAGAAUCUGUUGCUUCAGAAGAUAGCCAAAUAAAUAGUGAAAAGCCAUCAAAAGUAGAUGUAAUGGAAGGAACAGUUGAAAGUAUUAAACAGGAAGAGCCCAAAAAAAGGAGGGGUAGAAAGAAAAAAGGUUCUACAGAUCAUCAACCUUCACCACCUCAUCUACCUUUUGCUUGUAAUGCACAGAAACCAGACGUGAAAAGUGGGGAGACAGAAAACAAAGAUAAUCAGUCAAAAGAACCCAGACUUCUUCUUUCUUUGUCAACUUUGGAAAAAUCACCAGAUCAGAAGCCUCAAAAAGGAUGUGGUAAUGCCUAUGAUGUGUUUGAAUUCAGGGAUUCAGAAGAUGAAGAAAUUACAUUUGAAAAAGAUAUUCAGAACAGUUUCAAAGAGAGGAUGAUGGACACCAGUCGAACUGUGGCACAUACUCAUGAACAUAAACAAUCUGAAGCUGAAAAAGAAAGAAAACCAGAAGAUCUCAACCACAAAACAUCUCACCAUGAAGAAAAAGACAUGAGUGGUAAAGAGUACGUGACUGAACUUGCACAACAUGGUAAGAUCGCCAUCACAAUCCGUCUACAUCAGAAAGAUGGACAUGAUGGAAGUUCAUCUAGUACUGCAGAAGUUGUCAAAACUUCUCAGGCCCUUUGUGCUGAAGAUACAAAACCAUUUCUUUCCCUUCCCACUGAAAAAAUAAAAGAUGAAGUACCACCAACACCACCAACAACUUCAGAUGUAUUUCUUACUGGGCCUUGUAAGAGUACACGAAAGGCAAUUCAGCUUCAGUCACAGAUUUCCAAAACCUCAGUGGAUGAAAUUAUUGAGGAAGUUGUCAAGAGAUAUUUUAUACAUCCAGAUCCCUCUGAAGGUAACAUUGAAACUGCAGGAAGUAGUCAGAGAAUAAGUCGUAGAACUCGGGCACACCGUCGCAGUGAAGAAAUUAUUACAAGGGUAGAAGAUACACAUCAGGAAAUAGAGUCCCCUUUAACUAAACAUGAGCCAAUGUUUAUUAUUCCAGAUAAUGUUGUAAAGGAUCCUCUUUCAGACCCACUUAAAGUAUGUAAUACACAAGCUGUAAUUACUAGCACUGCAGAUUCUUCAGGCAAUAGUUCUGAACCUGAAACAUCCAAGCCUGAAACCAGAAUGCUUCUUCGAUCAUAUCGAAUCACAAGAUCAACAUCUAGACUAGAAUCAAGUUGUGAAAGAAGUAUCUCACCUCGUGGUUUAUCUGAUCAAAUACAAGAGCCAAUUGUUAGCCAAGCUGAAGCUAAAUCACCUUCUAUGUCCAUAUCAGCUAGUAAUGACAGUGGACCUUCUGUGAAUCCUCUUCCUGUCCUAAAGGUUGAACUUCCUCAGUUAUCCUCCACUAUUGCAACACAGGUUGUUACCACUUCUGUGGAAAACACUAAAGUAAUAGAAAAAAAGACAGAAAGCUUACCUUCACUUUUGGAAAAAGAUGAUGAUACGGACUCUCGUUCUAGUCCUAUCGUGCUGAUAGAUCCAGUGACUGGAUUUUUAACACCUGUUAAUAAGAAAGGAGAACCCACUGGUGUCAUACGAGAGACUUCUGAAGUAUCUGAUGGAUCUACAACCUCAUCUUUUACAGAACGCAGGCUUACUGGAAGCAAGUCCAGUGUAACUACAAUUGUUACACACUCCAGUAACACUAGUACAAAUUCAGGAGUACUCACUUUACUUGAGCAUACUGGUGAUACACCAGGAACCACUGGGACCUACCCUCAAGUUCUAAAUCCUAUUGUGAUAGAACGUAAAAUCAAGAAGCAAGAGAAAUCUUCAUCAUCACAAAUCACAGCAAGUAAAACUCAAGAAACGCAAGUGAUAACCACAAAUACCACUACAGAAAGUAGCUUACAGUCAUUCAAACAUGGAUCAGUUAAUAUGAAACAUAAUUCAGUGAUUUCACCAACAGUUACCUCUUCCAUACCUGUUUCAGAUUAUACUGGAACUACAAGCCCAGUUACAAUCACAUCAUCAAUGUCUUGUUCAAAUACGUCAAGAAAAGACCUUACUAUUGGACAACCAUUUGUUCCAAUAGCUCAACCCAUGCCUGGAUUACCAAGCACUGCUUCCUCACCAUAUACAUCAUCUUUAGUGGUAUCAGUACACCAAAGUCAUAGAUCACUCAAGUCUUCUGUAAUGACUACCAGUAGUUCACAGGCAUCUCUGCCUAACUAUUCACCUGAAGUCAAGACAACAACACACAAUAUUGCAGAUACUUCUGUUGGAAGAGCCCGUACUGUUCAUGAAGUACCUUCUUUAAAAGCUGAGGGGAAUUCGACAAUUGGGCAUGUGGAUGAAAAUGUGGAAUCUGUUAGAACUAGCACACAAGCAAAGACAACAAUAACAACUCAUCCUCCUCCAUCAUCAGAGCCUAAAAAAUCAGAGACAAGUGUGCUAACCUGUUUUAGUAAUAUAUCUGCUCCACCUAGCUCCAAACUUACUUACACUACUUCUGUGGAAUUUACAAGAACUGUUCAAGAGACAGCUCCAAAAACCCUUGCUGUACAACCAAGGGUUUCAAUGAAACAGGAAAUGAAAGGUAUGAGCCAGCCUCCUAUCCCAUCACCAAGCAGCAUGGAACCAGCCACAACAGCAAGUACAGGAAAAAGUGGGCAUCCUUAUGCACCUAAACAGAGCCCAUCUUACUAUCAUCAGCCUACCUUUCCAAUGGGUCCUCAUGAAACAACAGUGCAUCCAGGUCCAUCAGUGCUUGCCUCUACCUCUAGUGGAGGAGUGAUUGCAGAACUAUUACAGAAUCCUCAUUUACUACAACAACGGAAAGAGUACUUAGCAGCUCAGCAUUGUGUUAGUGCUCCUGGUACUCAGAUAUCAGAAAGAUUGACUAGUCAAGUUUGUCGUUCUUCAGGCCCUGGAGUUGGUCCUAUACAUGGAGACAUUGCUGUUCGUCUGAGUAAUCCAACCCCACCUCACACUCCGACUCCUCCAGUAACGUCAUCAUCACAUUCCUUGCAAGCACAGGAACUGCAUUCAGCACACUUGGCACAAGGAUUACAUCUUCGACACCCAAGCCAAGCUUCUCUAAUAAUGGCACCACCACCACCUUUAGGUAUUCACCCCUCUGAUAUUCCUGCAUAUGUUCACAUGUAUGCAGCUGCCUCUCAUCCUCAUUAUGCAGCCUUACACCCAGAGCUAAGGGCCCAACAUGAGGCACAGGCCAGGGCUGCUGUUGCUAUGGGCAUGACCCAAAGAUUUGGUUACCCACCAAUUCCUACUGCAGCAGGCUUUAGACAACCGGUAGAUCCCCUCAUAGUGCACACUGCUCUAUCAGAGGCCAAAUCUGAAAACAAAUCAAAUCAGAGAACAGAAGAGAAGCCAAUGUCUCAUAAGACAACAAAAGUUAAACAAGAACUGAAGACACCUUGUACUGACCACAGAUCUCAUGAAGAUCAUGAGCAACAUCAACCUCAUAGUUCCGUGGAAAGUGCUAAACAGCAUGUAAUUACCCCUGGUCACCCUGUUGGGGCUGGAAUUCAGCCAUCUGGACACUGUUCACCUGCAGUUCAUCAAUUAAGUCCUCACAUAUCCAUAUCUCAACACGAACGAAUAACUGAUUCUCCUGCUGUAGCUAGUCCAUAUGCUUCUGGUCAGUUAAGACAUCCACCUUCCCAUCUCCCCGUAUCAAGGGUGGAAGAUUCCAAAUCACUAGAGUGCACACCUAGAUUAUCACUUCCCAAGUCUGAAGCAGAAAGUGAAAUGAAACCCCCUGCUGCUCACCAGAACCCUCCAACCACAAUUCCCUAUCAUACCUUGGAAAUGAGAGGGGCAUCUGGGCGUUCAGGUCCUGCCAUAGGUGCUCCUGCUCCUGGACAUCUAGAAGGUCACCCAGUUCCUGACCGAGCUCAUGCUGUCCUGUCCUUGAAGAGAGAUGUACCUCCACAUUCACGAGAACAUCACAUGGUACCUGGAGAGCCUCAUCCUAUUUCUGACACCCUCAAGAAAUUGCCAACUCAUUUAAUACCAUAUGCUCACCAGAGUUUACCAGUUUCUUCAGGACUACAUAACCUUAGUACCACCUCAUCUCCACUACCAGUAACAAGUGUGAAUCCAGUUUUAAGCCCGAAGGGUCCAGUUCCUUCUCUACGGCCUCCAUCAGCUUCUUCUUCUGGUGGAGAGGUGAUAAGUUCUAGGCGAGGCAGUGUCCACAUGAUACCCCAAACAGGGUCGGAAGCUCCACUUUCAACUCCUCCUCCUGCACAUGCCAUGUCUCAGCAAACAGGAGUACCUCGGGCACAACCACAGACCCCACCACAUGACAGUCAAGUGCCUCCCCAGGGUGACUCCCUCCUCUUACAGAGAUAUCCAGUUAUGUGGCAAGGAUUGUUGGCUUUGAAAAAUGAUCAAGCUGCUGUACAGAUGCACUUUGUCUCAGGAAAUCCUCUCAUUGCUCAAGCGUCUCUACCACCAAUGACAGAAGGUGGUACUCCUCCAGUAAGAAUAGCCCAAAGGAUGAGAUUGGAGCAAAACCAGUUGGAGGGAGUGGCCAGGAAAAUGCAGAUGCUAGAAGAGCAUUGCAUUCUCCUGGCAUUACCAUGUGGACGUGAUCACAUGGAUGUUCUUCAGCAGUCCAAUAACCUUCGCAACGGUUUUAUCAAUUAUUUGCAAUUGAAGCAGGCUGCUGGUAUUGUUAAUGCAGCAGCCCCAGGCUCCCAGCAGCCUGCCUACGUGAUCCACAUUUUCCCAUCCUGUGACUUCUCCAAUGAAAAUAUGGCACGAAUUGCCCCAGACUUACUUCACAGUGUGAGUGACAUUGCCCAUCUUUUAAUAAUAAUUGCCACUGUGUAAUGGAAAAAAAAAAGGGGGAAUAUUAUACAACUCGGACUGACUGACCUUUUAGUAUCAACAAUUUAUGGUGGGUUUGUAAUCCAAGACAUCCCAUCAAAGUGAUACCUGUUAUGGAAAGCAUCAUUGGCCUCGUACUGCUGUAUUAUUCAAAAAUGAAAGCUUAACAACUUUUUUCAGCCAGUGUUAUUGUAUUUCCUAGCUGAAUGUGACCUUCCGGAACUGUCCAGGACUCUGUACUAGAGGAUUGUGUUAAAUGUAAUGUUGCUGUUAUAUUUAGCUGUAUUUCUGAAUGUAACUGAUGUACCCAUGUUGUUACAGCACAAAUGUUAUGUUUAAAUUCUUUAAAAAAUAAUCUUUUUAGGAUCUAGGAACACAAAUACAAAAGAAAGUUAUUUGGUAAGAAUUGCAAAGUAAGCACCUGGGCAUGUGUGAUCUUUGUUUUAUUUUGAAAGAUAAGUUUGUGAACAUGUUUUUGUUUAUAGCUGCUCUCUGCAGAACUUUUAACUUCUAUCAAAUGGUAAGUUAAAGCUCCAUUCUGUGAAUAUUUUGUGUUACACCAAAUUGUAAGAUUUUCUUAAUCUCUUCUUUGCCUCUUUUUACUCUAAGCUUAAAUGUUACAAGUUCCCAGAAGAAAAAAAAAAAAGUGACUGUUGUCAGUUGUAUUAUAUUGAGAUUGUACUGAAAUAGUUGCAAUCAUAACAGGCCUAACAAACUAAAAAAUGUUUUGUGUGUAAAUGUAAAAACAUUUGUCCUAAAUGUGUUUCAGAAGAAAAAUUUUGAAGUUAUGGAAUGUGGUUGCAAAAUUUGAAGGAUAAUUGUAUAGUGAGAUAUUGUACAGUGUAAAUAUAACAGAUUAAUGUAGUUAACAAAAAAAACAAUACAUUUUGUGUUUGAAAGCCAUAUUUCAGGGAAAGUCCAAUUUUAGCAUGUAUUUUGCAUUUAGUUAGGGCUAAAUGUAGAAAUGGAUGAUAAUGCUAAGACACAGAAUUGCAUGGAACCCAGUGUCAUGUAUAUUAUGAACUCUUGUGUUGUUAUGCUGUCUUCUGAUUUCUUUGUAGUAUAGAAAAGAUCUGGGAGGAAGCUAGCUACAAAAAAAAAAAAAAGAAAAAAA